AUGCUAGAGAUUACCAUGCAUCCCUAUGAUCCGAAGCGCGCGUAUAUCAUCUCAUUCGAAAAUACGCACUGGAAGACGAAGGAUAGGGGUGAGACCUGGGAGGAGUUCCAUACCGAUUCGCCGGCGUCCGUAUUUCGAGGAGCCUUGACAUAUCAUGCUGGGGAUCCGGAUAGGAUCAUCUUCAAUGGCAUGGACUGCUCUGGGAUAUUCUGCGAGGAAGUGACCAUGUACACCACCGACGGCUUUGCGUCAGAUGCCAAAUUCCUUCGGUCUGAUACUGCAGGUUGUCACUGGGCUAAGUCAUCAGAUCUAUUUGCCACUGGGCAGAAGGACUUGGAUGAUGACAGGAUUCUCUGCGUGGUGAAGGGUCGAUUCUCUUCCUGGAAGAAAGACUACCGCCUCGUCAUAUCGGACAAUUAUUUCAAAGAUAAGCAAGAAUUCGAGCCUGAACUUGAGCCUGGCCGGACGGUCCAAGGGGUUGUUAAUAUGGCUGUCAUCAAGAAAUAUUUGAUCGUUGCGGUCAGUGCAGAGGGCACCGACGAAAUGGCCUUAUACAUCUCGGACGAUACGAUCAAGUGGCAUAAAGCUGUCUUCCCGCACGAUCACAAACUGAUCGAAGAAUCGUACACAGUGCUGGAAGGAACCAAUUAUAGCAUCCAAAUUGAUGUUAUGAACUCCCGGCCUUCAACUCCUAUGGGCGUCCUGCUUAGCAGUAAUUCCAACGGCACCUAUUUCACGCGGAACAUCGAACAUACGAACAGAAACCGUGAGGGAUUUGUGGAUUUUGAGAAGGUGACUGGGAUUCAGGGAAUAUUCCUGGUCAACACCGUGAAGAACUUCAAGGAGGUAGAAGAAUCACUUGCCCCAAAGGAGCUCAUAACUCAGAUUACUUUUGAUGACGGGCGAACAUUCCAGCCUCUGAAGUACGAAGAUGAGCAUCUUCACCUUCAUUCGGUCACCUACCUGACAAAUUCUGGACGGGUUUUCUCAAGUCCUGCCCCGGGUCUAGUUAUGGGUAUUGGUAAUACCGGCUCUCAUCUCAAGGACUACGACCAAGGCAAUCUCUACGUCUCCGACGAUGCUGGUGUGACCUGGAGAUUGGGGUUGAAAGGCCCGCACAAGUAUGAGUUUGGUGAUUCCGGCUCUAUUUUGGUUGCAGUCAAGGACUCAGGCCCCGUAGACGAGGUCAGGUACUCGUUGAAUCAUGGAAAGGACUGGGAGAAAGUUGAUCUUGAGAGCAAGAUUAAACCGAUGCAGUUGACCACGACAAAAGAUUCGACAAGCCUGAAAUUCAUACUUGAGGGAAUUGAGGAUGAAGCUGGGACCCUCCGUGGCCAUAUCGUUGCUUUGGACUUCGAUGAUAUGCACGAGAGGAAAUGCAAGGAUGAUGAUGAUGACAUGGAGAACUGGUCCGCGAGAGUUGAUAAAGAUGGCAACCCCACCUGCUUGAUGGGCCACACGCAAACGUACAGACGCCGCAAAGCCGAUGCCGACUGCUUCAUAAAGAACGAAUUCGUGGAUCCAGUGCCCAUAUCGGUUCCUUGCGACUGUACAGAUGAGGAUUUUGAGUGCGAUUUCAACUUCGUAAGAAGUGAAGACCGCAAAGAGUGUAUACCAGCCGGCGCUCCCAUCAUCCCGGAAGGAGCUUGCGAUGCAUUUGGACCCGAAACCACUUUCAUGGCGUCUUCUGGCUGGCGCAAGAUUCCCGGCAAUGAUUGCAAGAAGGUCGAGGGAAAGAAGUACAAGGACGAUCCGGUUGAGAGGAAGUGUGUAGAUGCAGCGAAGCCACCAUCGUCUGGUAAAAUCAGUCACACCUUGAACCCGUUUAUUGGCGAUCUGGUUAAUCACGUUUACCUUGAGAGGACAGGAGUGAGCUCAGGAGAGGAUGAAACGGUCAUUAUGCAGACGACAAAGGGCGUCUUCCUCUCCCAUGACCAUGGUAAGGAGUGGAAGGAGAUCCCGGAGUUGGUAGGCGAGAAGAUACUUGCGAUUAUUCCGCAUACGUAUUUCAACGACGUCGUGUAUUUUGUCACGUUCAGCAAGAAGGUCUUCUACUCUAUUGAUCGUGGGAACAAUGUCCGUUCCUUCAAAGCUCCACACCCACCAACGGAGGAUCGGGCCGACCUGCCAAUUAUGAGCUUCCAUCCUAAAAACAAGGACUGGAUCAUUUGGACCGGUGCUAAGGACUGUGAGAGCUCCGAAGGUUGCCACAACGUUGCCUCCCUUACAAAAGACCGUGGCGAUGCUCCAUGGCAAACUCUACAACGCUAUGUUCGGAAAUGCGAGUUCAUCAAGGAACCGGAAAACAAAAUCAAGGACCUUCCUUCUAAAGAGCGCCGCGAGAGGCUCAUUUAUUGCGAGGUCAAUGAGAGGGAGGAGAAAGGGAGAGAUAUCCCAUUGUUGCUUGUAUCCAGCGACAAUUUCUUUGAGGAUUCACGAACAGUGCAUUUCAGCAAUGUCGUGGACUUCGCAACCAUGUCCGAGUUCAUCGUUGUCGCCACGAGGGAUGAUGAGCAUGCGACGCUUAAAGCCUCUACCAGUGUUGAUGGGCAAACAUUUGCAGAAGCCAACUUCCCCCAUGGCUUCAUUGUAGAGCAUCAAAAAGGUUACACGGUGCUUGAUAGCUCAACCCAUUCUGUUUUCUUGCAUGUGACAGUGAACAACGAACCAGGGCUGGAGUAUGGAACUAUUAUCAAGAGUAAUUCCAACGGCACGUCUUACGCGCUCAGCUUGAACGCUGUGGAUAGGGAUACGUUAGGAUAUGUGGACUUCGAGAAGAUGUUUGGUAUUGAAGGUCUAGCUAUGGUGAACGUCGUUGCCAACUAUGACUCGAAAAACUAUGCCAAGGAGGGAAAGAGACUGAAGACUAUGAUUACCCACAACGACGGUGCUGAAUGGAGCUUUCUGCCUCCCCCUGACAAAGAUGUGGAAGGAAAGAAGUUCAAUUGCAAGGGCGAUCUCGAGAAGUGCUCUCUCAAUAUUCAUGGUUACACAGAGCGUUCGGAAAAGGCCCAUACAUUUUACUCCACUUCGGCACCUGGUUUGAUGAUGGGUGUUGGCAACGUAGGACAGUAUCUCACUGACUUGGACGACGCUGAUACCUUCAUGACUUCUGAUGCAGGCAUCACAUGGAAAUCUGCUAAAAAGGGCAGAUACAUGUGGGAGUUUGGUGAUCAGGGAUCCAUCUUGGUGUUGGUUAGGGAGAAAAAGCCGACAAACGUAGUUCACUACUCUCUGGACGAGGGUGAUACCUGGCUUGACUAUGAAUUCUCGGACCACGAGCUGAACGUUUUCGAUAUUACAACCGUCCCUAGCGACAAUGCGCGGAACUUCCUCCUAUGGGCUCACGACGGGGACAAGUUUGUGACCAUCAACCUCGACUUUACGGGCCUUACAGACGUACAGUGUAAGCUGGACGAGAAUGAUGUGUUGGCAGGGGAUUAUGAGAUCUGGACACCGAAGCAUCCAAAUCAAGAUGACGACUGCCUCUUCGGUCAUAUUUCACAGUACCACCGCAAGAAGAAGACCUCGGAAUGUUACAACGGGAGAAUGAUUCCUCGUUUACAUGACAUUGCCAAAAAUUGCACCUGUACAAGACGGGAUUACGAGUGUGAUUAUAAUUUUGAGCGCCAACUCGACGGCUCAUGUCAGCUUGUCAAGGGCUUAGAACCGCCUGAUCAUCAAGCAAUGUGUCAGGCGGACCCUGAUCUCGAGCAAUACUUUGAGGUUACCGGCUACCGACGAAUCCCUCUCACAACCUGCCAGGGCGGCCGAGAGUUAGACGUCAGUGUCCCACACCCGUGUGACGGGCACCAAGAAGAAUUCAAGAAGAAGCAUGGCCCAUCUGCGGUUGGUAUCUUCUUCGCGGUCACCAUUCCCAUCGGCGUCGCUGCGGGUGUCGGAUACUGGGUGUGGCGCAAUUGGACCACAAAGUUUGGCCAGAUCAGGCUGGGUGAACAAUCAUCCUUCGAUGGCGAAGCACCGUGGGUCAAAUACCCCGUCAUGGCCGUCGCAGGCCUGGUGGCUGUAGCCCAAGCCCUUCCACUCCUAACAAGUAGCCUAUGGCGCUCGGCUACGAACGCAUUCGGCAGGGGAAGAGGCAGGAGAUUUACGACAAGAGACAGCUUCGCGAGAGGCCGAGGCGAUUACGCCAUAGUGGAUGAAGACGAAGGCGAGUUGUUGGGCGACGAGAGUGAUGAGGAGGUAUGA